AAACUGGUUCUAUUAUUAUUGUAUAUAAUACACAUAUAUAUUUUUAUAUACUUCCGUAUUUUACGUUUUUCGGAAUGCAAAUUCGCUUAGCUCAGUCACAACGCGCAACUCAGCGUGCUAAGUCGUUUAAGAAACUUGAAUAAAGAAAUCUAAGACCACAUAGAUCGAUCACAAUGCCGUCACCAGCUGCCUACCGUGUGGGUGGCCACGUCGUUGCCCUCGGUCUGCACCUCACCAAUACAGCCGUAAUACUGGGUAACUUCAGCGAAGAGCUCCUGCGGACAGAUCCUAACAUCAGAAACCUUCAUUUCAUGCAGUUUAAAUUUUUGACGACAUGGAAUAUGGUCUUCCAAUUGAUGUACGCAACCCUGGGCUUAGUUUGCGAUAGCCUUACUCUGCUAGGGAGAGAUGACGUCACGCCGAAGACGGUCAGAAAGCUCAGGAAUGCGAUAUUCGAAUCGAUUGUCUGUCCUUACUCAUUGUUCAUUGUAGGUAUAUUCUGGUCCUUAUACAAUUACAACAGGGAUUGGUUGUACCCAGAAUACAUAGAUAAAGUUGUGUCGUUUAAUAGUAAUUUGGUCAUGCACUUUGCGAUAUUACCGGUCGUGCUCUGGGAGUUGAGCUUCCAGGAGAGGACCCGGCCGAAAUCCGAUAAAAUGAGCCUUCAGGUCAUAACGGCCCUGUAUAUCGUAUACAAUCUCGUGAUAUUAUACACUUACUUCCAAAGGAAUUUAUGGCCGUAUCCAUUAAUCUAUCAAGUUUUCGGGACGGUACUGUACCCUAUACUGGUAAUGUUAAUGUUAGCUCUGAUUGUCCUAAGCUACUACGUACAAUGGGAAAUUCACGCGUGGAUCUGGCGUCCCUUGAAAGUGACUCAGAAAAACAAUUGAAUUGCGGAUAUUAUGUCGAAACAGUUCAGCCGACAUGACAUUUAUAAGAUAUACUGAAACAACUUUUAAAGACGGUGGAUUGUGGGGUGACAAAUAGCCUUAUUGGGAUGGAAUGUGAAUAAUUGUGAAUAGACAUGCUUUAACAAAAACCGACUUCAAAUAGAAGAAAAAAAAAAAGAUAUUCCAAUACAAAUUAAUAUACACUAAAAAAAACAAUAAUCAUCGAAAUCGAUUGGCGUGAUAUUGAGUUAUUCAUCUAUUUGUCGCGCACGUACUUAAUGCAAAUUUAAGACUUAUAUGGUUUUCUCAUGGAUACAACUAUCAGAACUGGACUAAAUUGAAAUGGGACCACACGGGAAGUGUCAGCUUUCUAAUAAAACAAAGAACUAUCAAAAUCGAUUCACCCAGUCAAAAGUUAUGAGGUAACAAACAUAAAAAAAACAUACAGUCGAAUUGAGAACCUCCUUCUUUUUUGAAGUCGGUUAAAAAAAAUGGACGCCCUCUUUCGCGAAUGAAAACGAACAUGGACCUCGAAACCUUUUGGAUCCGAAGACCCAGCUGCUAGCCUAGAUACGUUUUUUUAUUAUUAUUGUUAUGAAAUUAAUUAAAAUAUGCAAUUUCGAAAAGGGCACAUCUCUGAAAAUGUAAAAUAUUCAGGAAAUGAAAAAAAACUGAUCUUAUUUUCUAAAGCAGUGUAAAAUUUAAAAUAUUAACUUUUGAGAUAUAUUAUAGUGUUAAUUAGCAAUUGAAAAUUACUGGAUUUAUUAUAAAAUGGGUGUAGGUAAGCCUCAAAACUACAUGUAUAUGAAAAAACGUAUUUGACAAAAUAUGCGACAUGUGUCCUUUUCGAAAUGGCAUAUUCAAUUAACACUGGUGAAUUAAAUAUGGUACCUGUGGUAAUGUUGGAAAUAUAAAUAUAAAUUAUAAAUUAAAAUAAUAGUUUGCGGCGGAAAACACGGAAUCACUCAAAAUGUACGAAAAUUAUACCUAAUAUUAAAUUCUCCAA